AUGUUAUCCCUUACUACACAUAUAUGGGAGGAAAUCAAACAUAAUAAAAAGGACCCUAGGAAAAAGGACUUCAAGAAGCCAGAAACCAAGACUGAUCACACAACCAAACAGCCUAAUCUAUCAAAGCAUGCUUCUAAAAUAGAGAGCAAGAAUAAGAACAAGACUUCAAAUAAAACAGGGACCUUAAAGGGUCCUAAGGAAUUCGCUACUGGCAAGAAUGAGAAAGGAGAGCGAAUUUGCUUCACUUGUGGUAGCACCGAGCACCUUGCUAACUACCAUAAGAAGGACAAUAAGAGAGACACUGAGAAGAAGAAACUGAGUGUUUAUAUUGUCAAAACAGCCAGCCGAAAGAAAGGUCAUGAGCGAAUGGCUAAGCAGACAUGGGACCUUUUAGACUCAUCGGAAAAACGAGGUACCCCAAGCUAUGGCACUGUUGAUAGAGCUCUAGAGGACGCUCCACUACUCCUUGAAGAACAAACAUUGGGUGAGAUUGGAAUUGAUAUCUCCUUACGAGCAAAGGAAGCUGGUGGCAAUCAAUGGCAGUUCCGCUUGCCUGCUGGCAAUGAUUUCAUUGAGUACUAUGUUAGGGUUGAAUCAGCGAAGGCAUUCCGGAAGCAACUGAUAAAAGGGCCGAAGAUAUACGCACUUAUAGAUCUGCUCUACCCAUUGUCACGGGCGGAACUAGAAGUCCUACAAUACUACCUCCAAGAGAACCUCAAAAAGGGCUUCAUUAGACCAUCUAAAAGUCCAGCUGCAUCACCGAUCCUAUUCGUACCAAAGAAGGACGGUACACUGAGACUCUGUGUUGAUUAUCGAGGCCUUAACAAAGUCACCAUUAAGAACCGAUACCUGUUGCCAUUGAUGGGCGAAAUACUGGACUAUAUAAAUGGCGCGAAAGUGUUUAGUAAGAUUAAUUUGAAGGAUGCGUACUAUCACAUUAGAAUCCGGCCAGGAGACAAGUGGAAGACAGCAUUCCGCACGCGCUAUGGCCACUAUAAGUACUUGGUGAUGCUAUUUGGGCUGACAAAUGCACCAGCGGCAUUCCAAGGUUACAUCAACCAGGCCCUAAGAGGGUUGGUUGACGACUUUUACAUCAUAUAUCUAGACGAUAUCCUAAUCUUCUCUAAGACGAAGGAAGAGCAUACAGAGCAUUUGAGACUCAUAUGUGAACGGCUACAAACAGCCGAACUAUAUGCAAAACCCUCGAAGUGCCAGUUCUAUCAGAAUAAAAUAGAGUUCUUAGGCUUUAUUAUCAAUGACCAGGGAGUUAAGAUGGAUCUAGAAAGAGUCCAAAUAAUUAGUGAGUGGAAGGAACAUCCACCAGGGUUGUACCAGGAUAUUCAAGUGUUCCUUGGGUUCUGUAACUUCUACAGAAGGUUCAUCUAA